CCCCAGGUGAGUUAUGCCUCCACGGCUCCGGAGCUGAGCGAUAACACGCGCUAUGACUUCUUCUCCCGCGUCGUGCCUCCGGACACCUACCAGGCACAGGCAAUGGUGGACAUAGUCAAAGCCAUGCGCUGGAAUUAUGUCUCCACAGUAGCAUCGGAGGGCAACUAUGGAGAGAGUGGUGUGGACGCCUUCAUACAGAAGUCCCGCGAAGACGGAGGUGUGUGCAUCUCUCAGUCAGUGAAGAUACCACGGGAACCUAAGCUUGGAGAGUUUGACAAGGUAAUCCGUAGACUGUCAGAGAACCCCAACGCCCGGGUUGUCAUUCUCUUUGCCAACGAAGAUGACAUUAGGCGGAUUCUUCAAGCAGCUAAGAUGGCUAACCAGACAGGACAUUUUAUAUGGGUGGGGUCAGACAGCUGGGGGUCUAAGAUCUCCCCCAUCCUGAACCAGGAGGAGAUGGCAGAAGGGGCUGUCACGAUCCUACCUAAACGGCAGCCUAUCCGAGGGUUUGAUCGCUACUUCAUCAGCAGAACUUUGGACAACAACAGAAGAAAUAUUUGGUUUGCAGAGUUCUGGGAAAACAACUUCCAGUGCAAACUCAGUCGACACGCUCUGAAGAAAGGAUCCGGCAUCAAAAAGUGCACAAACCACGAGCGGAUCGGGAAGGACUCGUCCUAUGAGCAGGAGGGGAAGGUCCAGUUUGUGGUUGAUGCAGUUUACGCCAUGGCUCACGCGUUACACAACAUGCAUAAGGAGCUCUGUCCAGGGAAAGUGGGCCUCUGCUCUAAAAUGGAAACCAUCAAUGGAACCAUGUUGCUCAAGUUCAUUCGCAACGUCAACUUUACAGGAAUUGCGGGCACUCCAGUGAUCUUCAAUGUGAACGGAGAUGCCCCUGGUCGCUAUGAGAUCUAUCAGUACCAGAUGCAACACAACACCACAGAAUACAAGAUCAUCGGCCACUGGGCAGACCAGCUCCAUUUAGAAACUAAGGAGAUGCGGUGGCCUGGUGGGACAUGGCAGGUACCCCAGUCUAUCUGCAGUCAGCCCUGUCAUCCUGGGGAGAGGAUGAAAACAGUGAAGGGUGUCCCCUGCUGUUGGCACUGUGAGCGCUGUGAUGGCUACCAGUACCAGGCCGACACCUACAGCUGUAAGAUGUGCCGCUUUGACCUGCGGCCCAACGAGAACCACACCGCCUGUGAGGCCAUCCCGAUCAUCAAGCUGGAGUGGAGCUCCCCCUGGGCCGUCAUCCCCGUCCUCAUCGCUGUGCUGGGCAUCAUGGCCACCAUGUUUGUGGUGGCCACCUUCAUCCGCUACAAUGACACCCCCAUUGUGAAGGCGUCAGGGCGCGAACUCAGCUAUGUGCUGUUGACGGGCAUCUUCCUGUGCUACGCCACCACUUUCCUCAUGAUCUCAGCGCCUGACGUUGGAAUCUGUUCCCUCCGACGGAUCUUCCUAGGUCUGGGAAUGAGUAUUAGCUAUGCAGCGCUGCUCACCAAGACCAACCGUAUCUAUCGCAUCUUUGAGCAGGGCAAGAUGUCAGUGAGCGCCCCCAGGUUCAUCUCCCCAGCCUCCCAGCUGGUUAUCACCUUCAGCCUGAUCUCAGUGCAGCUCCUGGGGGUGUGCAUCUGGUUCGGUGUGGACCCAUCUCAGGCUAUCAUCGACUAUGAGGACCAGCGCACGUCCAACCCGGACAUGUCCCGCGGCGUGCUCAAAUGUGACAUCUCAGACCUUUCACUGAUCUGCCUGCUUGGCUUCAGCAUGCUGCUCAUGGUCACCUGUACAGUGUAUGCCAUCAAGACCCGGGGGGUGCCAGAGACCUUCAAUGAGGCCAAGCCCAUCGGCUUCACCAUGUACACCACCUGUAUCGUCUGGCUAGCUUUCAUACCCAUCUUCUUUGGGACUUCACACUCAACAGAAAAGAUGUACAUCCAGACCACGACUCUGACCAUUUCCGUGAGCCUGAGUGCCUCUGUGUCUCUGGGGAUGCUCUACAUGCCCAAGGUCUACGUGGUCCUCUUCCACCCGGAGCAGAACGUGCCCAAGCGCAAGCGCAGCCUCAAGGCUGUGGUCACCGCGGCCACCAUGUCCAACAAGUUCCCUACUAAGGGCGGCCUCCGGCCCAAUGGAGAGGCCAAGUCUGAGCUGUGUGAAAGCCUGGAGACACAAGCAUUGGCCUCCAAGCAGACAUACAUCAGCUACAGUAACCAUGCCAUCUAAGAAACAGACAGUGGAGACCCGGCUCAGAAGCUACGACCUGCGUGUGGAAUGAACGAACACCAGAACUGGAGCACCAAGAUGCAAAAGCAGUGGGACAUGGGGAGAAAGGAGAAUCAUCAUUCAACUUCUUGAACAGAUGUCACUAUUUUCAAGAGGACCAGUCAAUGCAAGGAUAUUGAAUGCCAAACAAAAGCAGUGGGGAGGCUCCUAGUGGGGCGGGGAGGUGCAGGUUUCAGGCAGAUAUGACAGUGAUGUCUCCCCAUCCCCUUUGUGACAUGUCACAGAGACAUCAGACAGUCACAUUUCCAAAUUAUAGUCAGUGUUUUCCUUCUGGAGUUUAUAGAACAGCUUUUCUCUUCUGAUGUUUUGUCUGAAUCUGAUGAACUCCCUGGCUAACUCCCUGACAAACACCCUGUUCUGUAGUGAAUUGAGUUUUCUCUCUGUGUGCAGUGGUGUUGUAUCUCUCUCUACCAGUGGUAAUGUGCAAUUAUUUGCUUCCCCUUCUUCUCUGCCCUUUCCAAUGAGGGUGAAAGGCUGAACACUAUCUAAUUAGUCAAUAAGACAAAUCUGUCAAAAGAAGUAUGUAUAAGCAGAUGAAAAGGCAUGUUAUUGCUGUGGGUUUGUCUUCGUUCAAGCCCCCAAAAAACAGAAUAUUAACCCUCAGGCUCUGUAGCAUUUACAUUAUGUUGUCAUCGUUUUAAUGAAGGUCAUAGUUGUGAAACAGAGAAAACAAAUAUGCAACUUUCCAACAUGGGAAUAUUCAUUGUUACAGCAUGGGUCCAGUAAAUGUUUCCUUACCAUCGUGGACAGUACAUAAAUAUAUCAGUGGGUUUUCCCAGAUGAUGGCUAUACCAUAUCUGACACCAUCUUUAUGGUCCUUGUGUACAGUCCUAGAGCAUGCCUGUGGGAGCAUAAUAUGUACCGUGCUGUGUUGUCAAAAUCUAUGGAAUGCAACAUGUGAGAGGAUUGCGGUUCAACAGUCCCAGUGGCGUUAUCAUUGUGGACUAUUACACAACGUGGUACUUUUUUGCAGAUGAACGGAAGAUAAAAAAAUACGAGAAACAGCCAUAAGAAUUAGCUAACAAGUAAAAGCAUUGUAUGUACUCCACAUCCUAUUUUUCUGUGAAAUACAGCCUCAACACUACAGCCCAUAGACAGCUGAAGGGCAAUGCUUCACUGCAUCCAACCUGGCAUCUUUACAUGUUAGACGAUCCUUUCAUGGCCUUGUUCCAUUAGAAUUUCUGAAGUUCCAUCUCAACAUGUGAAGAAUUUGGAAUCUGUACCAGAAAUGUUGAACAUAACAUAUAGGCAUUUGUUGGCAUGUUAGGUAAUGGUACAAAACACACUCUUUGGAACAUCAGCAGUGUUCACCAUCCUUCGUUAUGUUAUUGAAUCUUUUGCCAGGCACCUGUGAUUUCAGUAAAAGCGCUUGUUGCUUUCAUGUUACUCAGAGAGAGGAAGUCAUUCCAAAUCCACAAGUCAAUUAGCUUUAAGAGUAAGCCUACCCCUGCCAGGUCAACAGAGGAAACCACUGCGUAAAAAUAACAACAAACACAGCUCUCAUCUCCUUCUGUAUUGUGUCCUGGAUCCAAUGUUGUUAGUCAUACUGUGUUUUUAGUCUAAUUUCAUCAUUCCAUUUCUGGAAAUGUACUCGGCGUUAAUGUUCUAGUAUCAAAGCCAGUCACUUAAUAUAGUAAGAAAUAGAUUGGCAAGAUGCUGUGUCACAGCCAUUCAUAUCAUGAUGUGAAUAGCCAUUGGAGAAAUGAUCCAAUAAGCUCCAGAACGAAAACUACUGUAAAAAAAAAAAAAGGAAAUAAGUUUAUAAAUAAGAUUGGAGAGAGGACAACCCCGUCUGUUCAUUUAUGAUUCUCAGCUCUCUGCUUCAACAAAGAUCCCAGAUGUUGCAGCAAAAUAAAAUGUUUUGUAUUUUUCAUUGUUUAAAGAUAGUGUUGUCUGAUUGUUUUGUGUUUGUGAAUAUGAUGAUUUACUGCUUUAAGCCUCCAAUUCAUCUCAUCUUUUCCAACACUAUGUCCGUGUUGCAAAAUAGAGUGUGUAAGUGCUGAAUGGCAAGUUAAUGUACGUUAUUAAAAAUGGAUUGAUCAUGUCUGCUUUAUGUACUGACCUAUUAAAAAAGAACAAAAACAAAACAGAAAAAAUACAGUGCCUGGAUAUUUAUGAAUUAUCUAUAGAAAACAUGAAAAUGUG